GUUUCAUUCAGAACUGGUUUGAUAGGUCGCAGACGCGGAGCUGUUGAUUUAUUGCCAUUCUUUACAGCGCUGAGUGCGAACUAAAUAUUAAAUAACCAAAGAACGGUUUAGUUUACAUACACAGCUGUACGGAAACGAGGCAAAUAAGACACACGUUACUUAUUACUGGGUGUUUUUCUUGGAUUGGGUCUAAAUGGAUCUGUUGUGGAUCUUUUGCAUCGGGGCGAGUAUCUGCGCUUCUCUCGCAUCUGCUGAAAGACACACCGUAUUCUGGAAUAGUACCAACCCUAAGUUCCGAUGGGACAACUACGCGGUUGAGGUGCAGCUGAACGACUACCUUGACAUCGUAUGCCCACACUACCCACUGGGUGAGAUACCGUCGCAAGACGCCGAGCGCUACGUGCUCUACAUGGUGGAACGCGAAGACUACGACUCCUGCCGUCCCCAGUCCUACGACCAAAUGCGAUGGGAAUGCGGCCAUCCGUUUGCCCCUCACGCACCGGAGAAGUUUUCUGAAAAGUUCCAGCGAUUCACUCCAUUCACUCUGGGAAAAGAAUUCAGACAGGGCGAGAGCUACUACUAUAUCUCCAAACCUCUGCAUCACCAUGGACAGGACUGUCUGAGGCUCACAGUGGAGGUAGUUGCAAAUGAUGGCUCACAAGAAGCCAGGGUUGGAUCAGGGGGUGGAACCAGGCCGAGCACACGGGGCGGAGCUCAUACUCCGUCCAAUCGGUUACCAGCAGGUACGAUAACGUCACACCUAGAUGAUCCGAUCGUAUCUUUGCCAGACGUACAAAAAAGCAUACGGACAAACUCUGGCAUGUCGAUAGCAUCCUGGACCGUCCUCACAACGUUACUCCCUCUCGUAUUAUUGUUAGUCUUACACUGAGAUGGACAACUGGACUUUAAAUUACACUUAAAGCUACAAAGACAGACAGUCCUGUGUUGAUAAAAACACAAAGGUAGCUCUUUAAAGCCCAGUGCUGGCCAUUGGGGGAAUCUAAUAGGAAAUUAAGCUUUUCUACAACGAGGAAACUGGGAAGGACUUACUGGAAUGAAGUGGGCUUUCUUUCGGACACUUCUAAGGAAAAAACAAGACGUCAGUAUUUUUCUGGAAAGAUUGUUUAUGCGAAAGGAGUUUUUUUCACCCCUUUUGCUUUAAUCCGGACUAAAUAACAAACUGAAACAUUUUAUUUGUGACGGUCUUGAAAACGGACCACCCUUGUAUCUGUCACCCUUGUGUCAUGAUUAGGGGACGCAAGCCAAGAAUGAGCCAAAGACCACAAAGCGAUCUUUUUUCGUGUUUGAUUGGUCCAGAUGGGUAUUAAUUUAUGAAGCACAAGUGCAGUGGGGUUUAUUUUCGACAUCUCCAUUCACAAGACUGCUUUUUAUGUACCGAACCGAACGGAAAUACAGCGCAACACACAGACACACACUCCGAUACUGUUUACCAAACCCGCUGACACAAUGCUGUUGUUUUUGUACAUUCAUUGUUUAAAGUUAGUAAAUUAUUAGGUUUGCUGUAGAACAAAUGACUGUAUAUAGCGUACAGAAAUGUUUACUGUGGGAUCGAGAGAGAGGCAGAGAAAAUGGGACGAGAGAGAGUUUAAUUGAUUGGUUGAAUGUGUAUUUUGAUGUGUAAGUGAAAAAUAAGAGGAAAUAAUAUUGAUCGGCUAAAAACACACAAGGCCCGUUCCACCAAGGACGAUAACUAUAAAUAUGAAGAAGAAUAUUUUUAAAUCAUCGUAAAUGUAAAUAAAUAGUACGACUUUUUGGGACAGGCAGAUAAAAUAAAUGUAACAUUAUCUUCCGUUGGUUAAUAUAGUUAUAAUUCUAUUGAUUCGUCCGUAUAGUUAUUGUUCUUGGUGUGAACAGGUUUUUAAGUGUGUGUUUAAGCAGAAGAACUGUGAUUGGUCUGUCCUGAUAUUAUUGGGUCAGAACAGCAUCCUCAGCAUUUAAACUGCCAAGCACAAUCGAUGGAAAGCACACAAUCGCUCGGAAAGCACAGAUCACAAACCUCACAUUGGACCUGAACAAUUAUCCUGUGUUUUUUGGACAGAAACAGCUAACCAGACAUAACCUAUUGUUCGGUGCAGAAGAUUAAUAUGCAGAAUGAAUUGUAUUUCAGUUGUAUGCCAGUUGGACCAAAAGCUAUAAAUUGUUAUUGCGGUAAACUGAUAAAGAUAUGUAGAGUGAUACUUGUCAAUACCUAUGAAAUUGCCAAAUUUUGUCAGAUUAUUCAGCCUGGCGGAUUUAUAUAUCAGUCUAUUAUAUAUGUAAAUCUCUAUUUUACCGUGAAAAGCAUAAUGUGGGGAAACUGGACAGGUUUAUGAUUUGGGAAAGGCACAUUUCUAACACUAAUCAGCAGAAGCACUAUGAACAAAACACUAGAUUCUCUAACUGAAGACAGAGCGUUCAAUGUAGCAGUUGUUCGUACGAUUGACGCAGCUUUAUACCACUAACCUUAGGUCACUCCGAUUUGUUUUUCCUUUUCUUUUAUUUCGUUUUCUUAUUCUUAUUUUGUACAUGUGUUGUGUAAAAUGUAUAUUAUGUAUAUAAAGAGGAUUAUAUAAAAAUAUUUGCUAAAGAAAAAAAAACAGUUAAUGUGAAGAUUCCUAUGUGAAAAUGAAAAUAAAUGUUAUUUUUGGAAAAUCC